AUGGUGAAAGUCUCCUCACCGCGUUGGCGCCAUCGAUCGUCUGUGUCUACCACUGCGUUACAGCGUAUUAGAACAGAAAGGUUACAAGAUGAAAGUGAUAAAAACAAGUUCAAAUGUAGACUGAAAGAAAAUAUAAGUGGUUUGGAUGAAUUAUGUAUGAAGGAGUUAGACUUGGAGAAUAUAUGGCAAAAUGUAAAGAAAGGUUUAGUGGAUGCAGCUACCGAAGUAUGUGGUGUUAGUAAGAGAAAGAAUGAAAGGAAAAAUAAUACGUUAUGGUGGGAUGAUGAAAUACGUAUGGAAGUUGAAGCAAAGAAGAGAGCAUGGCUAGAUUUACUACCAACAAAGACUGCUAAUUCUAGUGAUACGAAUGGUGAUAUUGAAAGAAAAAAAGCAGUCUUUAGACAUCUUAAUAAGAGAGUAAAAGAAGUAGUUGAAAGAAAAAAGCAAGAAAGAACGGAUAAGAAUGAUAGAAGAAUAUCGGAUAACUUCCAGGCAAAUAUUAAAAUGUUCUGGAAACUGCCAAGUAUAACAUUCAAAAUAAGCAAAAGAGUAGUGAGAGGCAAAUGUGUGACCGAGCUUAAGACUGCACAGGCUAGGCUGACCAAGCCGUUUUUGCGGAGCAUUCACGUUGCAGAGUAG